AGUCCAGCUCAGUCAGCACAACUGCUGUGUAUAAGAAAUUGAUUUUGGAAUUUCUAACAUAUGGCAACUGGGACCAGUCAAAAUGUACAACUGGGUGUUGCUUCUGUGGAUCGUGGGGAAGUUCUCCAUAGUUUGUGCCGCACCAGACAAACUAGUACGAGGUGAAGUGGGCCAGUCUGUACAAUUACCCUGCUCCUACAGAACAGAUGCUGGCAGCAGGGAAGUAUGCUGGGGGAAGGGCAGAUGUCCCAAUUCUAAAUGCAAUGACCGACUUCUCCAAACCGAUGGAUCAAAGGUGACCUUUAGAAAGUCUUGGAAAUACCAACUCAACGGUCUUCUCAGAGAAGGGAACGUGGCCCUCACGAUCACGGAUGCCAAAGAAGGCGAUAGUGGUGUGUACUGUUGCCGGAUAGAAGUCCCCGGAUGGUUCAAUGAUAUAAAAAUUAAUGUGCGUCUGCAGAUAAGAAAAGUCCCCACAACAACAAAGAAGACUACUACAACUACAACUACAACCACUUGCCCUCCAACAACUCCACUUCAGCCAACAACUGCUACUACUCUUCAGAUCACCACUGCAACUACACUUCAGCAAACUACAACUACACUCCCUCCAACUACAAGUACUCUUCACACAACCACUGCAACUACACUUGAGCCAACAACUUCACCUACUCUUCCAACGACAUCUGCACCUACACACCACUUAACCACUGCAACUACUCUUCAGACUACCACUGCAACUACAUUUCAGCCAACAACAACUACACUCCCUCCGACUACAAGUACUCUUCACACAACCACUGCAACUACACUUGAGCCAACAACUUCACCUACUCUUCCGACGACAUCUGCACCUACACGUCACAUUACCACUGCAACUACUCUUCAGACUACCUCUGCAACUACUCUGCAAGGGACCACUGCACCUGCGCUUCAGAUUACCACUGCAACCACUGUUCAGAAUACCACAGCAACUCCUUUUCAGCCUACCACUGCAAUUACACUUCAGGCAAUCACCACAGCUCUUUUCACAACUACCUUGUGGUCAGAAACUUUCCUCUCUACUAAAGAAUUAGUAACUUCCUUUACCUCACAUGCUCUUCAGACAACUCUCAAGGAAACUGAUGAAGAGACUUCUCGUAUACCUAAAGUGACCAUGACUUCUACUCUCCAUAUGACUUCCCAGGAAGUGGCAACAAGGACAAGAGGAGAUUCUACUUCUCAGUCAUCAGAAGGAACAUCAGAUGUUUCCCAGAAAGAAUUGGACCAGAUAAAUAAUCCGGUUUACUCCAACCUGCUACUCAUCAUUGUUCCUGUGGUGGCAGCUGGGCUCCUCACAGUGCUGUUGGGAAUUUUAUUGAGAGGUAAAGUCAUGCAAAGAUAUUAUUUGGCUAAAUACACAAGCUUCAAGAUGAAGAAAGAACCUGAAAAUAUCCUCGGGGACACGCAAAUUGAAAUGAACGGAGAGGAUAACCUUUUUAUCCUUUGACAGCCAUUGACUUGGCUGUUCCAAGGAUCUGGAUGUGAUGGUAGUAGGAUGUGGGUGUGGGGUACUGUCCCUUACCACACUGUAGAGGGCACGUCAAGUUCAUACUGAAAUGGCAACUAAGCUUCUCUUCCCUCCUGGUGAUCUGUCUGGAAGGUGGAUGGCUCGAGUCAGCUUGCCCUUCUACCUGCUAUCUUGUCGUUGAGCAAAGCGCUGAGUUUUCCUUGAAUAAAAUGAGGCCUACAGAGUGGUUACCUAUAGUGGGCUUGAUCUUUGGUAUGCUAGACACCUUGAUUCCACUGCAGGUGGGAAUUGACACCCCCUCAGCCCUGGAAAUACUUCUGACAGUUUAAUACCAGGGACAAAUGGAGGGACUCGGAUGCACAAAAUGGAAACCAAAUCCAGAAGUGGUUCCAAGGAGACAGAGCAUCAGCACCAGUCUACGAUGAUCCAUAAGUACUCUCUUGUAAAAUGCCAUUAAAAGAAUAUGCCUUAGAG